AGUUGCUGCGCAGCUCUCCGGAGAGGGACGGGAAGGCGCCGCCGGGACACACAGCAGCAGGAGGCGCAGGCCCCAGCCGCCGCUCUAGCUCCCGCCCCCUCCGACUGCGAGGCUCCGCCCCCUCCCCCGGCCGCAGCAGACACCGAGCUACAGAGCCAGAGCCGGGGCCGCCACCACGAAGCGCUGCAGCCUGUUACUGAAAUCAUGAAUCCUGUUUAUAGCCCUGGAUCUUCUGGGGUUCCCUAUGCAAAUGCCAAAGGAAUUGGUUAUCCAGCUGGUUUCCCAAUGGGCUAUGCAGCAGCUGCCCCGGCCUAUUCCCCCAACAUGUACCCAGGAGCAAAUCCUACCUUCCAAACAGAAAGGCGUCUGGAAUAUACCCUUUUAUCACCUCCUCUGAUCUUUCACCUCCUAAAUUCUGCGUGCCCGUUCCUACCUCAGGAUCGUGCCUGUCAUGCACCUGCAUACGGUUAUACACCAGGAACACCAUAUAAAGUAUCCUGUUCACCCACCAGUGGUGCAGUACCACCUUAUUCUUCAUCACCCAAUCCCUACCAGACUGCUGUGUAUCCGGUUCGAAGUGCCUAUCCACAGCAGAAUCCAUAUGCACAGCAAGGCACUUACUACACGCAGCCUUUAUAUGCAGCACCACCCCACGUAAUCCAUCACACCACAGUUGUGCAGCCUAAUGGCAUGCCAGCAACUAUGUAUCCUGCUCCAAUUCCACCACCAAGAGGAAAUGGUGUGACUAUGGGAAUGGUGGCUGGAACCACUAUGGCAAUGUCAGCAGGUACUUUGUUGACAACUCAUUCCCCAACUCCAGUAGCCCCUCAUCCAGUUACUAUGCCCACAUAUCGGGCUCCAGGAACACCAACCUAUAGCUAUGUGCCCCCACAGUGGUGAUUAUUCUGGCAGUGUUUGAAGAUGGGAGAUAUGCAAUCAAGUAAUUGAGUUUUAAAAGUUGGUGCUGAAGCCCUCAUGCCUCCAACCGGGACUUACUUUCUUCUGAAUGCUUUCAACACUUUGCUAAACACUACUAAUUCCAGAUCACUGAAGAUUUUCCAGUGCUGCAUAUCUUACAUCUUGGAACUCCAGCAGUUAGUCUUAAAGCAAAUCCUGUUUUGUGGACUGUCUUGCAAUUUUUUAGCUAAUUAUAAUGAUAAAAAAGGGAGUAUAAACUUAUUCUGAUCCAUAUCUAGUUGAAUGCAUGUUUUAAAAAAAAGGCAACAAAAAAACAAAGCUUGCUCAUGCAGUGACUGAUGCAAAAACCAUAUGCAAAAUCCAAAGGAACCGAAAAGUAUUUUACAACUUGUAUCACUAAUGCACUGUUGUAACAUAUAUGCAGGGUCUUAAAAGGUAGAAUUGUGAAAGUGAAUUUCUUUAUAUAAUACCUUAAUAUACAUCAGAUAACUGCUUCAACCUUUUUGGGUUGAUGGAGUUGCUAGUUAAAAGGGGGAAAAAAUUAUUUAAGUGAUGUAUUCCUUUCUAAUUAAAUUCAGCUAACGCAAAUUGGAGUGACUGGAAAUAGUCUGAUGAGCUAUAGAAAUCCCGCACAGAAUUAGUUUACCACAUUUACCCUUUCAUUUCUAUUAUAUGGAUGCAGUGUUACGCAGACAUUCUUAAGGAUCAGAAUGAAAUGAUAAAUGAAGUUUUGUGUGACCAGUUAAUGAAAAAUGUGAGUAAAGCGGCCUUCCAAGCUGCCCCUAUCCUUAAGGCAAAUCUGCGCUAUUAGACAAGGUGGUAACACCAUAUAUGUAUAUAUAAAAUGAAUUUCUGGCUCCUGAAAAAAAUACGUGGUGAUAGAAUCAAAUUUCUUUGGCUUCAGUCCAGGAAAUCUGUUUUUUCCUAAAGAAUGUUCUAAUCAGCUGAAAAUGUAUGUGCAGUUGACACAGCUUGCUUUUCUAAUACUUAAGAAAUGCUAGGGUUUUCUGCAACCAACAGGAGGAGUUAAACUACAUGUUAUCCUGAAGAAAGUUUGUGUGCUUGUUAAGUGUAUUAAAGGGGAACAAACCAUUUUAACACAAUAUCCUUUUAGCUUAUAUUACAUGCAGUGUGGUUUAUGGGUGCAGUAUAGCAGGGCUGUUAGAAUGUAGAGAUUCCUUAAAAAAAAAAAAAAAAAACGAUCAUAGUAGGAGUCAUUCAUUGGUUACAAAAUUGUUGAUGUAAUUGUUAGGUUUUCCUCCUUUUACCUCUUAAAUUGCACUUGGAAAGCAUGCAAAUUAAGACUGACUGACUGCAGAUUAGUGUUUCAUUGCAAUGAGUCAUUUCUGGUAUUCUUGCUCACAGCUUCAAUUUUUAAAAAGUACCUCAAAGCAAAUGCUGUGGGGAUAAAGGGCUAGCCUUGGAACCCGUUUGUAUACCAAAAUCAUUCUGGGAAAGAUUUUAAAUUUUUAAAUUUGAAUAUUGCACAACAAAAUCAAGGUUUUUCUGAAACCUGCCUGAUUUAUGAUUUCAGUAAGAUGCAGUUUUUUUCCAGAUACAUUCUGCCCGCAAUAAAUUAUGCGGUAAAUGGUUAUAAAAUGUUGUUCCCUUUUAAGAGUUUACAUAGAGUUAUGUCAUGCUGUAGUGUUCGUAGUCUCAUUUCCAUCCAAAAGUAAUUUUUUUUUUUUAAAGUUGUGUAUCGACUUCGGCUUUGUGUUGAGGUGGUCUGCUCCUUCUACAGGUUUGGCAGCCACUUCAGGGUAGCAUCAGUGCUGAUUUAAUGCUGCCAUUCCCAUACUCUAACCUGGUGUGAGGCGUAUGCACCUGAAUGCCCAUUAGAGGUUAGAGUCUUCAGUAACUAUUUUUUACAAUAAGCACUCUUCGUAUUUUUUUACUUCCAUGUUUUUUAUAAAGUUUAGGAUUAUUUUGCAUGGAUCACUGUAAACAGACUACCCCUUAUUGCUAAUGCCUUUAACAUAACUAUGGUGUUAACUAUAAGUACUUUAAAACUUACUCAUGAGCACUUACUACAGCUUAAGGAUUUCCAUAUAUGUGUAUAUGGAGCAGAGAAUUACCCCAAACAAACCAUUUGAAUCUGUACUGCUUUGUUCAAGUCUGUUUAACAAUUCCAUUUGUGUAGUAGGUUUGCAGCAUUGACUGGUCAAGUGUUCCAGAGGCUGUAGUGAACAUUAAUGCAGUUUAGCUAGUUUAGAGAGAGAGUUUCACUGUCUUUGUAUGUUUUUAAUAAAAAUUGUUGUGAGGUGUGAAACAAUGCUGUCUUGGGGAGAAGCUAUAGAGAACAAGUUUUAAGCUUUGCUGUCUCCUGUAUUGUUUCCCAGCGAUAAAGCUUUGAAACCCUAAGAGAACUUUCAUGAAUGCUGUGUUAGAUAAAUAGUUAUGGAAAGAAUAUAAAGUCCUAUAUAUUUGCUCUGACUUCAGAUUCCUAAAUGUUUCCUUGGAAUUGUUGUCUCCUAAUAGUACUAUUCCAUAACAUUUAGGGAGUCUCGCUUGAGCACUUUUUUCGAAGUUGCAUUAUGGGAUUCAUCUACAAAGGGGAAAUUGUACCUUUUUUCUUGCAAAAGGUAUUGCACCUUCCAGAUGUGAUAUAAACUAAUGGGAGGUUUGAGCUGUUCUCCAGUAGUUUGUUUUAAGGGAGUAACCAAAAGCACAGUGGUGGGGGAGGGGGCGGUGUGUAUAUAAUCUUAGUGGCAUUUUGUUGCAAAUAGUGGAAAGCAUGCAUAUGAAACUGGGAUAAAAAUCAUACAUUACACAGUGGGGGUCUUAUGAAACAUUCUCUCCUGAUUUUUCUAUUACAUUCCCUGUAUAGCUUUACACACACAGACAUAGACACAGUACGUGGCUGCAUUGGAGCUGUCAAGAAAGUGAAAGGGCUCUACUGCAGUAGAAACCAGUUCAAAUCAAGCUUCUCUGAAACUUUUGUGGCAGCUUCAUAUAAUAGAAUAAAAAUAAUACUACUUUAAACCUGUAAUUGAAGACAGUUAUUACAGCAAUAAUAGAAGAGAAGUCCCACAUCAAUUUUAGCUCUAACUUCAAGUGUUGCAUUUUAAAAAAAGUAUUGUUCAGGCUGAGGAGUUCCCCGUGUUGGUAACAUCUGAUCGUAUCUCUUAAAUGUAGCAAUGAAAUCAAGUCAUAUUCUUGAAAAUGGCUAAAUAACUGGCAUGAGAAGCUGGUAGCCCUAAUCUGUAGUGUGGUUAUUAACCAAUCAAUAGGAAGGAAAUAGAACCACUUCAUUAUUUUAAAUCUUGUUUAUAAACUUAUUUUAACCAAGCAUUUCCUGUUGAAGUUUUAGAAGACGUACAGAAUUGCUUUUUGAGUGUACUAUGCAAGUUAAGGGCUUAGAUGCAGCGAUAGAUGACAAAAGUUCAUGAUUUGGGAUUCAGUUGAAGUCCUUCCUCCUGCUGCCUCACCCACUGAAAAGCCCCGUAAGUACAACCAUGUUUCAGUUUUUUCUGACUUUUAGUUCAUGGUACAGAUAUGUAUAACAGGGUACUCCACACUGAUUAGUCUUUACAGAGCAAUAUAGCUUAAUGUCUACAGAGAGAAUAGGCCACGUACAGUAUUGGAGCCAAAAAAAUGUUCAGAAUUUUGACUCAGAAUAGCUCCCCCAGUGCUUGGACACAGUAGUGGAUACCAUUAGUUUUGGCCUUAAACAUGUUACUUUUGCCAGAAUGGAGAAAUGCAGCAAUUGUUUGACAUCAUCAUUAACUGUAGGUUUAAGACCAUAUAAGAGAAUAGAAAAUACCUUGUAUAUGAAACCCUCACUUAUAGGCACAGAAACAGUGAGGUGAUACUUGAGUUAAACUUCUGGGAAGAGAGGACAGAUGUCCUGAUUAUUAUUUUGCAUAACUUGAAACUAACCAGAGAAAGAAGCUUGGGCCUGUGUCUUUAGAAAAUACACACAUUUUAUGCCCACUCUUCUCCAGCAGGUGUCACCAUAGGAUAAUUUACGAUCUGUAGAGGUUUGAAACAAUCUAUUAAUCCCCAGUUUAAAAUACAUUCUGUUAAUGGAAAACCUGUUAGAAAACAAGGAAGAAUUAAACUUGUCCAUGUAUUUCUAAUUAAGGAAGCAUUAAGCAAAUAAGUUUUACCCACUGUAAGCCUUUUGUACACAGUUGGGAAUGUUAAUAAGGAAAACAGUGCAGUGAGGUAGGAUCAUUUUUCACUAACAUGCCUCAUUCAGAAUGUUCAGGCCUGUUCAAAGAUUUCCUCUUCUAAGCCACUGGACUUUCCAGCAGGUGCUGUUUACCCUGUGAGUGUGUAGGGAGGAGAUGAGAUGUGAUGAGGCCACUAGUGUUGAGGGGAGGAGGGGGCUGGCAUGGAGGAGGAGCAAUGCUUAAUUGGGAGAGAGAAACCUCUUCCCUUGUCUCUUAUAUGUCACAUUUGGAAUGAUCGGACUACCACAGUGUUGAGUCCACUUGUAAUAUCAAAUAUUUUGAACAGUUUAUAGCCUGAAGCUCCAACAUCAAAAAAGUGAACUUGACUUUCCGAGGCCUGUUGUGACUUUGAGGGCUUAACAGGCAAACUGGGAAAGCUUCUUUAGCUGGCUGCUGUACAGACUUGUUUCAAGUAGAAUGGAUUUGUUUGAUAUUUUUUUUUAAUUGUAGUGCUAUUAUUGGCUGCCCUCAUCUACGAUUUGGGGAAGGGAAAAAAAGGGGUGAGUGCAUGCAACAGAACUACAAGAGGCCCCAGUAAUAGUUCGCCGUGUUUGUUACAAAAUAGGCACAGGUUUCCUUUUUUAUGACUUUUUUUAAAACUGUCUUACAAGCAGUUAUAUUGGUACUUUUUUAAGUUUAGGUAAAUGUUGUCUUCCAGAAUAAGUUUUAAAGCAUCACUCACUUCUGCAUUGAACUAUUGCAUCAACACACAGAGGAGUGGAGAUUCCAUUCUGAGCCAGUUCAAUUAUGUGUAAAUUCAUACUUUUUUUAUUUUUAUGCAAUCCAACAAGUAGAUGAGCUGAGAUUUAAAUUCUUAAAAGCACGUUUAUUGUAACAAGAAUUGUUAUGUAUUAAUACUUCAGUUUUCAAUAAAGAUGGACUUGUGUUGCUUA